AUACCUUGAUCCCCAUCCUGAUCCCUGGCCAAGUAUCAUAGAAAACGAUUAAUGGUAGAAUCAAUAAUUGAAUGCUACAAAUAAUUCAAGAAUGGCUGAUGGACUCCUUAGGUCUCAUUAUAGACUUCAAAAAGAUCGAUUUCGGCAAGAAAGUCAAAGACGGCUACCUCAUAGGUCAAGUGCUUUGCGGCUUCGAGGUGAUAUCCAAGGAAGAACUGUCCCUGAUCAAAGCGACAGAAGACAGAGAAGUGGCCACGAGCAAUUUCAUGAACUACGUGCUGAUCUGGCUCGGUAAGUUGGACAUACGCAUGAAGGACGUCGAACUGGAAGAUCUGCUGGACGGUAAUUCCAGGGUGGCCGUCAACCUGUUCUACGAACUGUACCUCGCGCUUCAGAACAAGUCCAAACUGCACAUGAUCACCCAGAAACGGAUCAUAGAAAAAUCCAAACCGCCCAACCCCAGAUUCGAAGUGAAGAAGGUCAAGGAAUCGAAGUUGGACGAGUUCACGUUGGAGCUGAAUCCGCACUGUCUGCCCAUCAUCGAAAACAAGGACAUCAUGAGAUGGCACAAGGACAGACUGUCGUCCUUGAAAAAACAAUGCGAGGAAUCCAGAAGGGAGUAUUUGAGGUAUUUUAACACCAGGAGAAAGGACAAACCGCCCACCCUCAUCUGCACUUGUAACCUCCAAUGCGCGUGCCCCAAAACCGAGUCUAAACGGGACCAGAUAGAUUUUCCCGAGGAAGCCAGUCAGGAUUUCACCUUCGAGGAGCUGGUGGACCAAUACAAAAAGUCCAGGAAGGUGAAGAAGCACGUGCCCAACUACGAGGAGGCGAAACAGGUCGUGAAAAAAUUCAAGACUAGAAGACUGGAGAACAGGGAGAAGGAAAUAGAGAAGAUGCGCCUGCACACUGAACUCUGCGAGGAGUUCUGGAACGAGAUGGUCAGGAACCAGGAGAAACAGAUCGAGGAGUUGGUGGACGACAAAAUAACCACGCAGUCGUUCUACGAGAAACAGAUGAUAAACAAGAUGUUCCAGGUUAAGCAUCAGCAGGAGGUGAUAAAGGAAAACAGGAGCUUCGUGAACGACGAGAUAAUGAAGCAGAAAGAGGAGGAUAUAACGAGGAAGCUGUAUAUGGAACAGAGGAUGUCGGAUGAGUGCGUUUGCGAUUAUCUCUACGAGAGGGAGAGGAUAAAGCAGUUGCAUCGGAGGAUAUACGCCGAGAAGCUGAGGUUGAAGAGGGUUAGGAUCGAGAAAAUUUGUAGAGAAACGGCCGACGACCUGGUCAAUUUUGCCAUCAGGGUCGGGGAAUUCAAGGAGAGCUACAAAGAGGAACCGAGCAGAAGAAGAUACGACGACUGGGUCAGCUUGUUCGUCAGUUGUGGAUCCAUAUUACCUAAAGUGGUACCUGCUGAAGAUAUUUUGCAGGACCUUUCAGACUUACCGGAAGAAGAAGAACCUGUUUUCGUCGAAGAAAUAACGAGGCAAGAAAUCAUCGAUACCAAAGACUUCGAGAAGUACCACAAGAACGAGUGGCCUUGGGAAAUCGAGAACCACUCAUCGGAGUUCAAAUUCGACUUCAAACUCAUCGAUAGAGGUAUGAAUAUCAUUGGCUACAUUGUACAUCGAUUGUUGAUGGCCAAAUACCCCACGACACCUUUAAUGCCGAAGCCGGACUUCAAGUUUGAAUGUGCCGUGUGCAUCAAUGGUCUAUCAGAUACUACCAUACCGGGAAAACUUCAAAGUUUAUUAAGUUACAAAGAUAUAGAGGUUUUCGAGGUCUUGAACGCAGUAAACUACUGCCUGGAUAGGUUUGCAAACGAACAAAAGCCGGAGGAAAAUGAGGAUGUACAAUCUAUGGAUAUCCAAUUGAUGGAGGAGAAAAAAUUGAAAAGUAGCUCGCUCAAGUUAGUCAAAGGCAAGAAGGGCAAAUCUUCGAAAAACAACGAUAAAUCUCUGAGCGGACUCUCGAUGACUAACGGCGAAACAGUGGAAUUACCCCCGGUGAUGAACAAAAAACAUCAAACCCCUCGUAUCUACCCCAGCGAGGAGGUCAAGAUGUCUCACGCGGCAUCACUCGGUGAAAUCGCGCAAAAUUCGUUGAAUAUGGGGGAACCCCUUACAGAUUAUUUACUGGCUGCCAUGAUUGUUGAAUAUUUGUAUUCCGUGUCGGAUAAGAAGGGUUGGGCUCUCAUGAAUUAUCCCACCAAUUACAACCAAGCCGUGACCUUGGAGGAAAGUCUUUCGUCCACACCACUGUGCAAGGAUCUUAGCGCCAUAAAGAGCAUUAUGGAUCUGGCAGAUUUGGAGGAAAAACACGUAGAGGGCGUUAUGAGAAAGGAAAGGGACACUAAGAGAUAUUCCAAAAUCUUCCCCCGGCCUCCGAAGCUCAGAGACGACGACGUAUACGACACGGUACUCACCGCCUACAUAAAGAUAAUAAAAACGCCGCUAGACGGCGUGGAAGGGGCUGAAAGUACCCUUCCGCCGAUCACGAGGUACAUAGACGAGUCCGCCGACCCCCUGGAGAAGUUCUACUCCGAACAGGGCUGCGCCUACUUCAUGUUCUACGAAACCUUCGACUACAACACCGUGAAGUACCUGGCGAGAUUGGUCAUCGGCGAUUUCAGCCUACCCAGGAAACCUUCUAUCGAGCUGUUCGGCAGAUCCGUGUUGCUUGGACAGGAGGAGUUCGAGGAAGAGAGCUCCAGCAGGUUGGCGAAAUCCUCGAAAGAGAUCAGCAUCAAGGAAAAGGAUAAAAAGAAGCUUUACAUCCAGAAGGAGAGCGAAGAGGAGACAGUGGUGAAGGAUAAGAAGGCUAAAGCCAAGCCUAAGAAAGAAAAAUCGUCGGAACAAGUGCCAGACAUCACUUGGGAAAACAAGCAGGUUCAGGUGCCGCCUCUAGAGGACACUUUCGAGAUUAUAGUCGAAGAGGAAGACCUGGACAUCCAGCCGGGAGAGGAGAAGUGGAGGUACAUCGAGAUCCCCAUCUCCGAAGAACUCCUGAUGGUGCUCGCCAAGAUGUGCGAGAACAUGGAAGAUCUCUACGUAGAGGACUUUAAACAGGUCCUCUUCAUGCGGAGGCUGGUGCUGAACAGCGUCCAACCGUACAUAUCGCACACCAAAUCGCACCUGAUGGAGUUCCUGCAGAGACCGGACGACCGCCAGCAGAUCCUGCACGAGUUUCAGAUGACGUUCAACACCAUUUCCGAGUGCCUGCGGUCUGACGACGAGGUCAAGGCCGAGCUGCACUGCAGGGCGGACGAGCUGAGGAAGGCGCUGCAGGCGACCAGCGAGCAGAACAUCAUGGAGUCUUUCGGGGAGCGGGAGAAGAUCAUCGAGAAGCACUGGUUGAGGAAGGAGCUGCACGAACUCACCCAGAUCUACCUCUGCGGGAUGCAGCUGGAGUUGGACAGAUUUGUCGACACCAUUCAGUUAUUGACCGAUUAUUAUGUAUCGGGGAUAACCAAUAUGCCGCCCGAAGAAGCGCCUUUCGCCAAGGAAUUGAUCAAAGCCCUGGAAUCGGACAGCGUUCACACCUACGAAAACUAUUCCAUGUGGGAAGAUGCCUUCGACACCAGAUAUUUCAACGAUAAAAUGGCGGUUAAAGUGACGAAGAGUUGUGAAUUCGUCGAGAAGACCAAAUACUCCGCCCUUAAAAUUGUGGGGAACACACAAGGAAAAUUCGCCUUGGGGAAGCCGAAACCGGAGAAACAGAAGGGAAAGGGUGCACCGUCCAUACAAAUGUCGGAUAUAGUGAGGGAUAACAUGGAUAAGUUGGUUGAAGAAUGGAAGACCGCCAUUGAAGGAGAAGCCGAAAGGGUGGUCUUCAGAUUGAAGCUGAUCAAGCGCGACAGCGGACAGCGUUUCAGAGAAAUGACGACCAAGGUGAAGGAGAUGAUGAACGAGAUAUACGGUCUGAUACGGAAGAGGUACAACAACGAACAGUCGAGCAUAGAUAAACUCUGCGACGUUAUAGCGAAUGCCAUAGAGAACGAGACCCCGAUUCAGGUGGAGCUGUUGAUCGACAGGGACCAAUUCUAUGUUCAGCCGGAAGUUCUUCUUUUUCCCGACGAUCUCCCACCCCCUCCUCCUCCAGUUAAGGAAUGGAAGAAGGAAUCCGUGUUUACAGUGGCGCAACUUAAGAAUUUACACAGGGUUCUGUUGGAUUUGGCGCCAAGCGGGACCAUACCCGAGAGGCAGUUCACGUUCCUUUUACAAGACAUGUUGGUACACGACGUGGAGGACGGCAAGGAACCCCUAGCUCCGGACAUGUGGCGCAAACUAUCCACCCUGGAACUGGAGAAGGUCAUCACCGAGCUAUUCUCAAAGUCCGAGUGCGUCAACUGGAAGGACUUCAUCAUUUACAACCUCAUGAUAACUAUGCCGUCAUCCGAGCAGUUGAUAGAGCUGAAGCGGCUCUUCCAGAAGAAGGACAAGGGAAAUACGGAAAACGUGUCUGUUCAAGAGUUCGCCUCUUUCACCUUCUGGUUCGAGGGGUGCUUCAGCAGAGGUGACGAGUCCGAUAUGAAGCGAUUGAUGCUGAUGAAAGAGUUGAUCUGCGAUCUGUACAAGAUAAACGAACACACCGUUAAUUACUCCGCCAUGCUGGUGGACUUCUGCAAGGACCAUGUGGGGGCCGUCGGGUUUGCGAAGCUCUUAGGACUCAUUCUGGACCGUCCAGUAUGCUGGGACUCUAACAUAGGUAAGAAGUUCGUGCAGUACCAAGAGCAACACCGAGCGGAACACGAAAUGUCGGUGAAAGAACGCGACGGAGAAAUCAGAGAGGAGAUGAAGAUGGCCAAGGAUUUUCUGGCUGAAAUGGCCGAUGAAACUGUCCAUAAAUGCGACAGCGUCGUUAUAAGCGACCUCCAGGGGACCGCUAACUCCUUGGAAGUCCUGAGUAUCGCCGGAGAAACGUGCGGAGAUCAGUGCAUUUGCGAUCUGAGGUGUUACUGCGGCGAUAAACCCGAAGAAGCCUUCUCGAAUGUCCCCAUUGAUUUCGAGGAGAACUUCGAUCCGUCUCUGGUGUAUUUCUUGGAUUUGGAGCCUAUCCUGGCCGCCGAGGCUGUCGUACUUAACUGGUAUACCCAGGUGCAGAACAUAGACGGUAAAAGUUUCAGGCAAAAGGCGGAAGAAAUAUACAACGAAUGUAGAAAUCCGAAUUUCAACAAUUCCGUUUUGGCCCAUGAAUUUUUGAAUCACUAUAAUUUCUCGCAGCUUCUGGCCAAUACAACGAGGUUCACCGAUAAGAACCCUUCAAAUUACAUACAGAACCUCAUUAAAUUUAGAAAGUAGAUUUAGUUUUUCAACGACAAAGAGCAUAAUCUUUGUUUUACAAUAAAUUAUUCUUCGACU